GUUGGAACAGUAAUGCAGUCAGACUCAAAUUCAGUAACACUCGAGUCGAACGACUGGUGAAGGAACAAUGUGUCUGACAAAGUGUCUUGAUUUUUUCAAGUGUUGUUCUUCAGGGAAAAGAGCCGGCCAAAAAACGCCGCUUCGCAUUGUUAUGAUUGGAAAAACUGGUGUUGGAAAAAGUGCUGUGGGAAACACCAUUCUUGGAAAAAAAGCUUUUUUAUCAGAACCUUCUGCAAACUCUGUUACCAGUGAAUGCAAAAAAGAAAAGACGUACGGCCAAAGAGACAUUUAUGUGAUAGACACGCCUGGAGUUCUGGACACCAAUGAAAAUACAAAAGAUCACAUCAAAAGAGAAAUCGUGAGAUGCAUUCAGGUGUCAGCACCAGGUCCUCACGCGUUUCUGCUGGUGAUACAAAUCGGCCGUUUCACAACCGAGGAGAAAAAUUCUGUCCAAGCCCUUCAAGAGCUCUUUGGAGAAGAGGCUUCUAAUUACAUGAUAGUGGUCUUCACUCAUGGAGAUCAGCUCAAGGGUCAGUCAAUACAAGACUAUGUGAGAAGUGGUCACGGAGAACUCCGUAGAGUCAUCCAGAGCUGUGGGAGUAGAUAUGUUGUUUUUGACAACAAUGACGUGACAAAUCGAUCUCAGGUGAAAAUAUUAAUCGACAAGAUAGAUGAGAUGGUGGCAGCCAAUGGAGGAGAAUGCUUUACUCAGGAAAUGUAUAAAGAAGCUGAAGAACUCAUUCUACAACAGAAUCUUGUGAGAGAAAUGGCAGAGCUUCUGGAGUAUGAAUUUAGCUUCCUUGAUGACCUUGAUAAAAAAAUGGCUCUUUUCCAAAAAAUAUUGCUUGGGAAUAAUUUGGAAAAUUUUGGGAUUGACGAUCGAGGUUUAUAAAUGUCAUAAACGAUGAAAUGUUUGGCAUCUAGCUCCAUAUUUUCUUAUUUUCACAUCGCGGUGUGAUGGAAUACUGUUCUGGAAAAUGUGUUGAGGCAUUGCAAUAGUAAUACAUCAAUUAUUUUUCACUCAUUGUUCUCUACACUAUAAAAACAACUAGGUUUACUUCGUUUUUUUGUUGUUUUAUUUGUCCAAGUUUCUUAAAUUUACUUUAAAAGACUGAAAACACAAAACAAUUAACACAAAAAAUGAGUGCGUGCAUUACUUGUUUUCUCCAGUGGAGUUAUCUGGGUUUGUCCCUUUAUUCUUUUCUACAUAUUAUAUUAUACUUCCUGUUACUAAGAUGUUUUCGCUCUCUUCAUGCCUUUCAUCAACAUGCUUUGUCUUAACACAUUCUCACUCAAGUGUGGUAGUUUCAUUUUAGCAUGAAUAAUGUUACCAAACAUACAGUAUUACAAAAACCUUUAGAGGUUGUAAAUGAAUAUGUCACUUUGUUUGUUAAGGCACAGUUUCACUUUGUUUGAAAGACUUUACCUGGUAUAUCUACACUACAAGUUUUGCUAAUGUGUAAUGAGAGUUGAUUUAUGCAAAAAUAUUGGUAACACUGUAGUAUAGGGUUCAAUUCUUACUAUUAAGUUAUUAUUAGCAUGCCUAUUAUUGGCAUAUUGGCUGUUUAUUCUUCACUUACAAAGGACAUAUUCUGCAUGACCAUACUAUACAUCCCUGAUCCUAUCCAAUCCCUGAAGAUAAUAACUACCUUACUCACUAUUAAUAAACCAAAUUAUCAGUUAAUUGGGGGAAAAGUAAUAGUUUAUGGUUUGUUAAUAACGAAAAUUGACCCCUAUGCUGAAGUGUGACCAUAUUAAAAUAUGUUUAAUAUAUCCUUAAUUAAUGUUUAAUUAAAAAUGUAAAUGCAAUUAAUCCAGUUAAUCCAGGCUCUGGACUGUUAUGUAUUCUUUUGAGAUAAUGAUUUUAUCUGUGUUCUGUAAAUGGGCUGUGAAUAUUUUUUUGCCGAUAUUGUUGCAAAAUAAAAUCUUAUCAUGCAAAGCACAUUCAUUGCGCAAUAAUCAUUAUCACGGAUAAAAAGUCCUGCAAAACAACUGGUGCAUUGAUUUUAUUAAGUCUUAUCAUUAAAUAAAUGCUCCUAUAAAAGUCUCCCUAUAAACAUUACUUUGCACUGAUUUUGAAAUGAAACUGGCAGCAGAUUGACACCUGAAGAGGAGGAGUUAACGAAUGCUCCGCCCAACCUGUCAAAUUUAUGUCAUUUUAGAUGGAUAGUCAUUUCAGCGCAGAAGUGCAUUUUCAGAUUUUAUUUGAAGAUUAUAAAUGCACAUUAAUUUUUACAAGAAAAUGAGUCACAUUUAUAAGCUAUUUACUAUAAACCCUGCAAUAUUUCAUGAAAAAAUAAGAACUGUCAUUUUUUACUUCACUCUGAUUUUAA